GUUUCACAGCAGAAGAAACAACGACAACGGCGGAAGAAAGUGCACAACAGACACGGCCCAAAGUUUUAAUGGAGUACAAGAGGAGACACAUGAAACGAAUUUUAGGCGGCAGCCUGGUAACACUGACAGUCUUCUUCAUUUACCUCAGCUCUCAUGGGAGAGUGUUGCAAUAUCAUGUGGUCUAUCCACGAAACUACAAAUUCGUCAUGGACGACACGCUGACGUGCAAGACCAGGACUCCUUUCCUGGUCCUGAUGGUUCCAGUCGCACCCAGUAAUGUGGCAGCUCGGGACGCCAUUCGACAGACGUGGGGAGGAGAGAAAAUGGUUCUGGGUCAGCCGGUGGAGACCCUCUUCAUACUGGGCCUGCCUGGAGGAGCUGAUGCUGAGCAGCAGCAAGAGAAGCUCGAGCAGGAGAAUGAGAGGCACCACGAUCUGAUCCAGAGCAACUUCCACGACAGCUACAACAAUCUGACCAUCAAGACUAUGGUGAUGCUGGAGUGGCUGGCUGCGCACUGCACCAAUGCUUCUUAUGCCAUUAAGAUCGACUCAGAUAUGCUACUCCACAUCCAGAAUUUGAUGAAAUUAUUGCUGGAUCCCAGCACGCCCAGACAAAACUACAUGACGGGUUCAGUCUGGUGGCACAGUCGAGUUUUAAGAAACCCGUUCUCAAAGUUCUACAUGCCGACACACGUGAUCGCUGAUUCAGAGUACCCGCCAUAUCCGCUGGGCAUGGCCUACGUCAUGUCCCUGGACCUGCCUGAGAAGAUUCUGAGCGUCUCCCCUCAGAUUAAACCGAUCUACAUCGAAGACGCCUACCUGGGCAUGUGUCUGAAACGCCUGGGCAUUCCCCCCACCGACCCCCCUGAGGAGACUAUGUUUAUAGUCAACCCCUGGUUUCCGCUGAGCAGCUGCAGCCUUUCGAAAGUGAUCGCCGUGACAACGACGAGCAUCCAACAGAUGACGAGUUACUGGAAGAGGAGCAGAGAGCUACACACUACAUGCUGAACUUAAUCGGUUUUACCAGUUGACUGUUAAGCUUAUAUGGAGAUGAUGCUGAUGACUGGUUACUAAAUCAGUGUUUUUCAAAGUUUGACAUUUUCUUUUCAGAGUUUUCUGUGCAGAGUGCUUCAUAGCAACAAAACCAAACAUCAUCUGUUGCUUCCACUUCAUCUGUGGCAUGCUCCUCUCAUGAGCUCUGUUGCAUGUUAAACCAAAAUUGUGUCGCCUAGUUAUGACGUAUAAAAUUCCAUGUUACUAAUUAUUACUCAACAUACUCUCCUACCAGGAUACCGGGUUACUACUGAUGUUACUUGAUGAGUUGAAGUUGCAAUGUGAUUGACAUCAAACUCACACACACUCACACUUGGUCUGUAUAGGAGAUUUAAUGA